AUACAACCUUGCUCACAGGCGAAUAAUUUAGAAUUUUGCUAAUCAUCUAGCAAAAUAAGAUCCCAACCUGAAAUUAUGAGGACAAUCCUGCAAAACGCAGCCUGCCUGCUACCCCUCCUACAGCUCCUGCACCUCCUGCUGCUCCUACAGCUCCUGCAGCACGCUAGCGCCGAGGGGAAUACCACCAACUGGCACUGCAAUUUCACACAGUCGGAAAUUCCCACACAGAAAGAGGUUGUGCAAACGAUGCUGACAGAAUACGCCAAGAAUCCUGACAUGAAUUUCUAUCCGCGAAUUUCAGUCUACAGAGAAAUGAGUCACAACAUGGAUUGCACCAUUACCAGUUUACGACGACAGCGGUAACUCUACCGGCGCGGGUAAGGAAUUCCUCGAGGGUAAAGACCCCGGAUACUCCGGAACCAUCGUAGAUUUUCUGCGGACGGACGCGGAUGUGAAGAAGGGAAGCUCCGGUGUGAUGCAGACGCUCAUGUAUGUGCUGGGGAUCAGGAGGGAGGAGAACAGAUACGACAGGGACAACUUCAUACAACUUGAGGUCACUGAAGAGGAUCCUAUGAAGCGAAGGAUCUUCCAGAAGAAUCGGGUGACGAAGCUAGACUUGGAGUUUCCGUACGACACGCAGUCUGCGGCUCACAUCACCUCACACGACGCAGAGAUCCUGCGUGUGGGGCUCAAGCCCAAGGACCCCUCAGCCAACCCCAUCAAACCCUCUGCGGACAACGUCCUGUCCCCGGGCGACAUCAAAAAGAUCAACUUCCUAUACUGUCCGGGGGGCGCCGCCCCCGACGGGGACUCUACGGACACCCCGCCCUCGGAGACCGAAGAGCCCGUCCCCAUGGCGGUCCUCCAGCCCUCGGACAUCGAGGACUUGCUCAAGUCCUCGAUGUCUGAGGGAGGGAACGCUACCUUCGCUGAGGACGUGACUGAGAGCACGACCAUGGCUGACGAUGAGGUCACGUCUGAGGGAGACCUCGUCGACGAUGUUGACAUGGGCGAGAGCGGAGUCGGGACACUGGCAGCGUCCUCGCUGCUCGUAGGAGUCUGUGCGCUGCUCAGGACGCUGGCGUAGGACGGGGGUCCUAGAGGAGUCCUAGAGGUCCUAGAGGUCC